UCAAUGUCACACAGCCUUUCCUGUCCUGACCUACCUCCUCGCAUAAUCUAAACACGAUUACCUUGUGAAAGUUCGAUCUAACAAAGCCACAGCGAAUUAGAAGUAUCCUGUCUUUAUCCGAGUUACACGGACGGUGUCAUUUCUUAGUAUUUGACCACUAAAUUUCUUAAAAAUGAAACUAAUAAAAAGGGAGGAAAGAAUGAGUCAUACUAAGAAAAUGGCUGAAGUUGAAGAAAAAGUGGUGAUGACACCAAAAUGUAAGACUGCAAAUUCGACUACCUUGGUGAUUGAGAGGAAAGCAGUUGAACCAGAAGCCAGUGAUAAAAUCCAUGUGGCUGGAGGAGACCAUACAGGGAUCAUCAUAAAUAAAGAAAAAAAUUAUGAGAAUGGUGUGACUGAGCCUUGCCAUGCGCAGUUAGAAUUCUACGUAUAUUUGGUGUCUGGCGCGACAGGAACACACACGAGAGAGGCUCGAGCGUUACGUUUCUGGUUCAAACCGAAUAUGACACCCAAUGAAAGGCCGUAUGAAGCACAAGCGUUCUUCCGUGAACUUGUCAGCCCUCAAGAUUUUCCUAAAGAUUAUGUGGGUUACAUUAAAAAGAUAAUGAAAUUGAUGCAGCACAAAUAUAAUCAACUUAAGUUAUUAGAAGUAGAAUUAAGACAAGAGGCAGCCGGUCCUCCUUUACCUGAAGCAAAUGGCGUUAUUGCGAGUAAGAGCGUUAUAUACAACUAUUCUAAUGGCUCGUACAUUGAAGAUAGUGUGUUGAACCAAACGCAAGUGAUCUCAGAACAAAGAGUAUUGGACAUGAUAGAAAAUGCAUAUCCCAACCCAUUGACUGUUGACGAUUUUGUCACAGCGGGGAAAUGGUCAAAGGCAGACGUGAAAGAUGCGCUGGAAGCGUUAGAGGAGAAAGGUCUGACUCGAGCCAUGUCAGAAGGUGUUUACGUCCGACAACAUAGUGUAGAUACACAGGUUGUGAAACAAAUGCCACAAUUGUGUUCAUCACGCCAGCCGAGUAUAGCUGUGAUAACCGCGUUGUACUGCGAGAAACAAGCCGUCGAUGCCAUGAUGGACAACCAAGAGACUUAUGUGCGAUACACCACUGUUGGGGAAUCCAACGUGUAUACUUUGGGUACCAUCGGCAACCAUCGGGUGGUGACCACUAAACUCCCAUCGGUGGGUCGAACACGAGAAGCAAUGACAGCUGCUGGUAACACUACCACAAGACUGCUUGGCAUCUUCCAAAAGGUGGAGUAUGUGUUUCUUGUCGGCGUUGGAGGCGGGGUACCUCACUACACAGAUUAUGCCAGGCACGUUCGUCUUGGCGACGUCGUAGUGUCAUCACCUGCGCCCGAUUUACCCGACAAGUACGUGUACAUAUUCUGCGAGAAAGCAGAGAAGAACGCCAAAGGUGGAUGGGACUACGAAGUGAAGCCCUACAAACCAGCUGAUUUUCUUCUGCAAGAUAUUGCACAGCGCCUGAGCAACGCAAAACCUCUGUGGGACGCGUUCGUUACUGAGGGUUUGGAACGACUUCGAGGCGUGCCUGGGAGAUGGGAAGCUCCGGAAGGUGCCACAGACAGACUCUGCGUGGACAUCGGCGAAGGUGCCUUCAUAGAGGUGUCACAUCCAGCACCACAAGGAGACCAAGUUGACAGGGUUGGCAGUGGUCUUCGCGUUCAUCUGUCGCCGGUAGCGGGCGGCCGUGCAGUGAGUGGUACUGGUGAGGCACGAGCGGCCUUCGCUGCGCAUGCGCGAGCCCUCGCCUACGACUGCGAGCUAGACGCCGUACUCGACAGUGUCGUUGGAAACAGGAAAGAUUGCUUCGUUUCUAUUCGAGGCAUAUCAGACUACCGCGACGGUACUCGUGGCAAGGACUGGCAGCCUCACGCGGCGCUCGCAGCCGCCGCCGUUAUGAAAGCGAUCGUCGCUGCAAUGCCGCCCCCUACCGACUAAACGAAACGAUCACUACUACACAAGUAUUUGUAUGGCAUUUACGUAGGAAAAUCUAAAUUAUGUAUCACUUUCUUAGCUGCUCUCACAGAGUAGUCGAAUGGAGUUUAAAACUUGCGCCAUAUUAUUAUUUGAAACUAAUUUAACAUUUCUCAAACAUUACAGUAUCUUAUACCAUGGAGUAUAAAUUAUGAUCACAAUAUAGUGUUAACGUUAUCUACAAAGAGUAGAUAUUACAAAUUCUACAAUACAAUAUGUCUGAACACUCCAUUCUUUGAUUACUCUGUGUCACUUUAUUUUUAACAUUUGAUGACGAAUGUAUUCACGGCAAUAAUUUACGAUGUUUACUUAUCGUACACGUAAACAGUAUUUUUUCGGCUUCAGUAUAGUUAAUCACACGUAUGUCUAAUUUGAACCGUAUUUCUUAGGGUGUAAAGUUGGUUUUUGAAAUUACACUUAUGUUUACGUGUGGUUGGCUUUGAGUGCACGAUAUUGUUUGGUCUUAACGUAAUAAAAAAUAAGGUAUUAUAAUAAACCAUUCCAAAAUCUCAUACUUUAGCCUAAUAUGAACCUUUAGAAAAUAUUUAAAAAUCGAAUACACUGCAGUGUUGCAAGAUGAGAAAGUAGAUUUAUUAAUAGUGUUGCAAUAUCUAUCUGAUAUUUAAAAUCGUUUACCCGUAUAAAUAAUUACCACUUAAAAAAUAAUAUAAAAUAUUUGAGAGAAUUCGAUCUGUGGUAGUUAUUUAUUAUAUCUAAGUAAUAUCUAAUGUACAGGUUUACUUGCCUUAGCGUCGGCUGUUAUAAAAGUAGUGAAAUAUUAUUAUUAUUAUCUUACUAUUUAAUAGAUAUUUACAAAGUAAUAGGAUAGUUCUUUAAUAGUGCUAAAGUACACAUAGGCCUUUAUGAAAAUAAAAGUUAUUUGUGUGGAAAAAUUAAAAAUAUUGUAGAAAAAAUCUUCCACAUAAUGUCCUAAGGACAAACAUUUUGUCUCUUGUGUACAGACGACAACAGGGUCAACCUGCCAUGGUCUGUGAAUUUCCUUUAUUACAUUUUCGACUUUAUUUCACUUCAUAUAAAGUCGAAAAUCCAAUGACAUAAAUUGAUAGAUUGAGUAUGUUCAUCUAAAAGUAGUAAGUACUUUCUGACAAUUUUGUUUAUCACUUUUUCAACUUUAGUAUUUUGUUACAAAGUCUUCUGUCAAAAAUUUAAUGAAAUCUAUUGAUCAAUUGAAGUAUGUUAAUCCUCUAUCACCUGUUAUUUUUUUCAUUAGAUUUUACACUUUAAUGCUUUGAAAUAAAGUCCAAAUCCAGUGAAAUAAAUUGAUCAAAUGGAGUAUGUUAACCUACUGCAUACUUUCAAAAUGUUACUAGAUAUUCAACUUUAAUAUCUUGAUAUAAAGUCGAAAAUCCAAUGAAAAAAAUAAUAAUAGAUUGUCUGUACAUAAAGAGAAUCAGCACCAAUUUCGUUGAGACUAAUACUAAAUUAUUUUAAAGACUGUUGACGAUUUCCAAUUCAAUGGUACUAUUACUUCGAAAUACUGGAUUUUAUUUAGUAGUAAUGCAUGUUGAGUUUAUAGCUUUCUGUGUUGUGUUGUGUUGCCAAAACGAUAACCAUAAAUAAGGGCUCAAAUAUUUAAAAUGUCUUCCUUCAUUUACAGUUGAGAUUAAAGUAAAAUUAUUUUACAAUAUUUCAAAUAAGUUACCAGUUUUCAGAUUAUUACUAUUAGGCUAGUUUUAGUCUGAGGCUGACGUACGCGCACCGUCCACGCUGAUUGGCUGAGAUAUAUGAACUUCAAGGAAGCGUUUUUGAAUGACGCGUAGAUAUCUGCGCCCACGGGUCCUAGAAGAUCAUAUAUUUCGGCUGCCAGCGCCGACGGUCAGCGCGACCCUAACACCAGCCUUAUAAUCCCAGUUCGUAUUAUUGUCAUAUAAUUUAUUAGAAAUUUUACAGUAUUGCCAUGUUACACCUCGAAAGAUAUUAGUGUUGCCAAUAUUACAAAUUACACUUUGCCCGAGCUUAGAAUGUACCUUAGUAUAAAAUAAAUAAAUUAUAGCUAUAUAUCUAAUAUUUCAACAAGUAAUUUAUUACGUUAUUUAUGAAUACUAACUCACUGCCAUCAAUGGCCUAUUUAUAUAAAUAUAAGAUUAACUUUGUUAUUGGUCGAUGUUAUAUAAAAAUGUGUAACACAUAUUUAGAAACCAAAGUUUAGACGUUUGGCUGUUUUUUGACAACCUGGUCUAGUCGCCUAAAAUGUAAACAUUUUGUUGAAAUAUUUUAUUUACACGUAAUUAUUAAGAAUCAUUGAUCUAUAUGUAAAUUGUGAAGUCGCAUAGUUUUAUUCUCGUUGAUGUUUGUGAACAUAUUUUCAUCUUUACGAUCGAACUCUCAUAUUUCAUAUUUGUUUUAAAUACCUAUGAUUGGGGCCAUAUUUUCAAAAUGUUGACAUUCAAUUUUAAAUUGU